AUGGACAGUCUUCAAAUCCCGGACAAUUCUUAUGCAGGUCCUUCUAGACACAAUGGCGCUUCGCGUCCUGUGUCUGUGUCUCCAUCACCUGUAACCACGUCACAGUCCACGUCACGGAGACAAAGGGCAUCACACCAAGUAGUCUCUUCGCAGCAGCAACUCCAGCAGCAAGCCGAAGAUCAACCAGCUUAUCGCGACGUUUACUCCCACCCAGCUGCUGUGGCAUAUACUGCAGCCCACCCAAGGCGUACUAUUCCGAAGUUUGGGCCCUACAUUUUACUUCAAACCGUCGGAGAAGGAGAAUUCGGGAAAGUGAAGCUUGGGUUACACAGUCAAUGGGGAGAAGAAGUCGCUGUCAAGCUUAUACGGCGAGGCAACAUAGACACCACUGUGCGGAUGUCUAAGGUGGAGCGUGAGAUUGAGGUUCUUCGGACCCUCAAGCACCCCAAUAUUGUUCGGUUAUACGACGUAAUUGAAACGGAUAAAUAUAUCGGCAUCAUUCUCGAGUACGCCUCCGGCGGCGAGCUCUUUGAUCACAUCCUGGCUCAUCGGUAUCUAAAAGAGAAAGAUGCUGCCAAGCUCUUCUCUCAGCUAAUUUCGGGCGUCUGGUACAUCCACCAAAAGAAGAUUGUUCACCGCGACCUCAAGCUUGAAAAUUUACUUCUUGAUCGUCACCGUAAUGUCAUUAUCACUGACUUUGGAUUCGCCAAUCGCUUCGAGCAUCGCGCAGAUGAUCUCAUGCAGACGAGCUGCGGUUCACCUUGUUAUGCCGCUCCAGAGCUGGUCAUUUCAGAAGGGCUCUAUGUCGGUUCUGCCGUCGACAUUUGGUCCUGUGGCGUCAUAUUGUAUGCCAUGCUUGCAGGAUAUCUUCCUUUCGACGAUGACCCUGCCAACCCCGACGGUGAUAACAUCAAUCUGUUAUACAAAUACAUUGUCAACACACCCCUCUCUUUUCCCGACUAUGUCUCUGCGGAAGCCAGAGAUCUCCUCGCUAUGAUGCUGGUUCCUGAUCCAACACGGCGUGCUGAUCUGCGGUCCAUCAUGGCACAUCCGUGGCUAUCAACGUACGCAUACCUCUUCGAGAAGAACGUGGAUGACCUUGAGCAUGUUGCGAUGGAGCAGCACCAGCAGAGGAGACUGGCGUACCAAAGGCAGAUGAGGCAGGCUGCGGCUGCGGCAUCGGCCAAAGAUCCUGCCAAGGUGUCGCGGACACAGAGCGCACGGGUUGAAGGCAUCUUAAACAGCGCUGGUACCUCCGCACCACCACCAAGGAGCCACUCCUACAGAGACCACCCAUCUGGUCAGCCGGAGCUGAUCUAUGACAGUUCAGUAGACCAGUCCAUUUACUCCUCGUCUUCUCCUGCCAAUCCCAUUCCCGCUUCCCGUAAAGGCGCAGUUUCUGCCAUCGUCAUGCCGAAGACCGUACAAUCGUCCAAUGAUGAUGAUCCCUUCGCACCGUCUUCGCACGCUGUUCAUAUCCCCGUUACCAUUUCCAAACCCAAUGACACAGCGUCGGUAGGAAGGAGUAGUAGAGAAGGCAGUUCUCAAGGGGCCCAAUCUUCGCGUCAUGGUCCCCCGCCAUCUGCCCAUAUCGCGACAGAUUCCGGAAAGAAGAAAGGCAUGAUCGAUAGACAUACGAUCCAGGUCGAGUAUACUGACCAGAGUGCUCCAACGCCGGAGCUCGCUCCAAACUUCAGCCAAUCCAUCACCAAGAAGGGCAGCUCACAGACGGGUACCUCAGAUCGCAUCAUUUCCACCUCAAUCGCCAGUUCUCCUGCAAAGGAAAAGUCCAGCCACGACUCUUCUUUCAAUGCAAACCCGAGGCCACUUCCUGCCCCUCCUGCAGUCAGCACUCCGUCACGAAACCAGCCAUCUCAGCUUUCUUCCUCGACCUUACGUGCUGCGCAAAAUCGGACACCUACCGUCUCUGUUUCUCCAGCAAGUCCCCCUAUGUCUAUGGAAGACAAGUCGUUUCGGUCUGUCAAGACAGGCAAUGGCACCAGUUCAACAAAUUCUACCUCUAGCCGCCACCGGAAAGGACUCUCCAUCGACAAGUUCGGUUUGGGCAAGAUUUUUGGUACAAAUGGCGAGCACGCUGCGGCCAAUGGAUCCACGUCCCGUGUGCCGUCGGAGAGCUCUGCUGCUGGGGCAUCUUCUAUCGUAGAGGAGAGGAGAGGAUCAGCGCAGAACAGUGUCAGCGAUGUUCCAGCUUCUCGCUCCAAGUCUUCGCUCCUCAGUCCAGGAGGAUCCAACAACAUCACUGACGCCGAGGCAAGCAAAAAGAACCGGCGGAAUACCCUCACCGUUAUGGUUGAGCCAUUCAGCCGCUCAAUCAAAUCACUCUCGAAGAAAACGCCUACUGACACGCCAGUCAAGGAGAAAAACAUUCCACCCUCCGCUAUCGCCUCACCUCAGAAGCAAACCGCUGUGUUCCCUACCCUGGACAAGAUGCAAGAUGGACCCACUGGCGAUAUGCCAGCUUCAACGACGAAGGCACGCAACGUCAUGCAAUGGUUCCGGAGGAAGAGUACCGCCAAGGCUGGCAGGGACAUCGACGAUUCCCCCGACAUGUCUCCCUCUCGUAGGACAGACUAUUCUUCGCCAAUUCCUGCCUCGAGAAUGGAGAUCAGAAACGCGGACCUAUCCAGUUCAUACCCUGCGCAAGAGAAUUCCUUCUCGUUCAGCAAAGCCGGACGCAUGUUCUCGUCGUCGUCGCCGUCGGCAAAAGAUGUCUUGCGAAUCCACCAUGGCGCUGUUGAUCAGACUACUAUCACGACCAGGCCUCCUCCUGAGGUGAUCAAACAUGUAUGCCAGGUGCUCGAGGGAAUGGGCAUUGAACUCAAAUCGGAGAGCGAAUACAAGUACCGCUGUAUACGGGCGAAGAGGAAGAAGAGUGGUACUAUUGGCUUGGGAUUCAGUGGAAGCGGUAAUGGGUUAGCUGCGUUCACGAUGGUUGGGUCAGCAGCAUCCAAUGGGGUUGACAAGCGCGGAUUGCCUGUGCCAUCAACCUCGUCGUCAGCGGGAGGGAUGCUCAAAGGUUUGCUUAUGCGUAGGCAGUCUUCCCAGGUAUCAGGCGUUGCGCCAUCCCAGGUGUCGAUGGAUGAUGACAGUGGUGUCACGGCUUCAUCGCCGGUCGAUUCACCAUCGGGCACUAACGAGACAGUUUAUGGUGACACUAGCCAAGACGCAGGGGAUGAAGUCCGCUUCUCAAUCGAGUUGACACGCAUAGAUCGUUUGAAAGACACGUACAGCCUCGACAUCCGUCGUUUGAAAGGUAAUCUUAGGAGCUACAAGUUCUUGUAUGACACCAUCAGAGAGCGUGCCGAUUUACAGCGAUAA